GCUCGGCUACUCCGCGUCCGGUAACAGCCCCGGGCGGUAGCACCGUGGCUGUCGGUGGACGCGGGUGGCGAGGCGUUUGGAGCGGCUGGUUUAGCAUGUGGUGCACGGGCCCAGCCGCAGUGGUGGCCUUUUGUGCCGGGCUUUGGGUCUCUAACUCGGGGCCAGCGCUGGGCCAGGAGGCCGGGGAACGGCCAGGGGCCGACUGUGAAGUAUGUAAAGAAUUCUUGAACCGAUUCUAUAACUCCUUGAUAGCCAGAGGAAUCAACUUUUCCCUGGACACCAUAGAAAAGGAAUUGGUCAGCUUUUGCUUGGAUGUCAAAGGAAAAGAAAACCGCCUGUGCUAUUAUCUAGGCGCAACGAAGGAUGCAGCCACAAAGAUCCUCAGUGAGGUCGCUCGCCCAAUGAGUGUGCAUAUGCCUGCACCAAAGAUUUGCGAGAAGCUCAAGAAGAUGGACAGCCAGAUCUGUGAACUGAAAUAUGAAAAGAAAUUGGACCUGGCAUCAGUGGACCUGUCAAAGAUGAGGGUAGCAGAGCUGAAACAGAUACUGCACAGCUGGGGAGAGGAGUGCAGAGCCUGUGCGGAAAAAACUGACUAUGUGAAUCUCAUCACUGAACUGGCACCCAAGUAUGCAGCAGCCCACCCCAAAACAGAGCUGUGAACCCCGAUGCCGGUGUGCCAUUAAGGAGAGACACAGUGACUCUCCAGGAUAUGGACUUGUUGGUUAAGAGUAACUGGGA